AUGGUUCCAGUCACCGUGGUGUUACGCGGCUCCUGUCGUCUACUGUCGCCAGAAGGAAUUAAUUGCAUCGAGCGCAAACCACCGAAGGGGUCGAAUGUCGAAGGUAGCUUCGCGGUAUCGAUGCCAAAGCCUCUGUCGGAUUUCCCGCGUUAUGAAGCGUUCGUGCAACGACGGUUCUCGCGCGUGACUUCCAGUCACGUGGCGAGCCGGCUGAAUUGCAAAUGUCAUAACGCGCCGCGCUUUCUUGUUUGCAGCAUCGACGAGGACGGACCGUGGAACGCGACGAAGGAGAUCAUAACGCCGCACAACGACACGUUCUACACCGUCGAGAAUCUGAGACCAUUCACGGUGUACAGCUUUCGGGUGGCGGCGAUAAAUGCUUUAGGACGCAGCAAGCCCAGCCAGGCGUCCUACUACAUGGUGACCCUCCGCGAAAGACCAUCACGGCGGCCCACCAAUACCUCAGCGACGUCUAUUUAUCUGGCAUGGAAGCCGCCGAGCCGCGACACUAUACACGGCGAGUUCCUUGGAUAUCGCAUAGGAUAUCGGCGACGCGAGAAAGCGGAUGAAGAGAUGAAAAACGUUUACAUUCGCGAUCCUGCUGUCGACAAUCACAGUAUUCACAAUUUGGAUACCUUCACGCAGUACCUUGUUUCCCUGCAAGUAUUCAAUCCCGAGGGUCACGGACCCGCCUCGACUGUGACGGUGAUGACCGAUGAGGGUGCGCCGACAAAGCCGGAGAAUCUCACCUCGCGGGAAAUCACGGGCACAACCAUUGAACUCUCGUGGUCGGAGCCCGAGAACGCCAACGGUGUCAUCGCCGGCUAUCGCGUCUACUACAUGCAUUCCAAUUAUACGGACGUCAAGAUGCACAUCCCCGACAAAUCCGCGGACUCCUACGACUCGAACAUCGAUUUCGUCCUGAGAGAGCUGCAUCCGUACACCGAAUACAAGAUCUGGGUGAAGGCCUACACGCGGAAGAACGAGGGCGAGCCCUCCGACCAGAUCAUCCGCAGAACUGACAUAAUCGGGCCGAGUGCACCUCAAAUCUUAAACUUGACUUGCCAGUCUCACGAGACCGUCUACGUUCACUGGGCGAGGCCGGCAACCUUUUGGGGUUCGAUCGACUAUUACUAUAUCAAUUAUCGAAGGGAACAUGGGAAAUACGAUGAGAUGGAACUACCAGCUGAGAAAAAUCAUCUCGAAAGCGGGGCGAUCAUACCCAACCUGACGGUGAACACCGUUUACGAGAUCGUAGUGCGGGGGGCCACCAGGAGCACGAUAAACAGCCACAAGAUCAUUCAGGGCGACAGGUCCAUACCGACGAAGGUGUUGGUCACCCGCGAUUGCGACAAGAUACCGCCCUUAAUGCGCCGCAGCAGCAAGGAUCUCAGCGCGGGCGUAAUCGCCGGCAUGGUUUGCGCCUGCUUCGCCGUGAUGCUGGCGAUCACGUCCUUCGUGCUGUGGAAGUAAGUCACGGUUUCACGCACGCCGACGCAUUACCGAGGAAAUUUUAACCGCGUUUGACCGCACCGAUAUCAUUUAUUUCCGUGUCGCACGUCGAUGAGCGCGACUGCGCGCGAGCUAU